AUGCGUAUCUACACAUCGCGAUUUUUCCUCCUCCAUCAACGUUUCCUUCGCUUUGCCGUUCCGCAGGGUCACUUUCAAUUUGUGGCUCUGCCCUUCGGCCUGGCCACAGUCCCCCGGGUUUUUACCAAGGUCCUGGCGGCUGUCAUGGCCAUUCUCAGGUCCCGGGGGGUGUCUGUCCUUCCUUACCUGGACGACCUGCUUACCAAGGCCCCGUCCCGGAUCCAGAACGAGGAGAGUCUCCACAUCACCCUGCUGACCCUAACCAGCUUCGGGUGGCUGAUCAAUGAGGAGAAAUCCAACCUUUCUCCCUCCUGGUCUCUGGUCUUUCUGGGCCUCCGGUUCGAUACCGGGAGCGCCCGAAUCUUCCUCCCUCCGGACAAGCGGAGUGCUCUGCGGUCACUUGAGACGCCCGCAUCCAGUGUCCAUUCGUGCAUGCAUGGCAGUGCUGGGCAGAAUGGUGGCGGCCAUAACGGCGGUUCCGUUUGCACAGUUCCGUUGCCGUCUGCUUCAGUGGACUAUUCUGUCUCUGUGGGACGGAUCCCCCCUGUCCUUGGCUCAUCGGAUCCGUCUGCCCACCUCGGCUCGCCAGUCUCUUCUUUGGUGGCUCCACUCUCCCCUCCUUCAGAGCGGCCACUCAUUUCUACCGUUGAACUGGCUGGUGAAGACUGGCUAAAAGGCUCCCACAGUCAUCUCCUUUUGCCUUCCUAUAAUGAAGUAGAAGAUAAUCAGUCUGAUUCUGGCAAAAACAGAGCUGGACAUAGAUUGAGUGAAAUUUUUGUAAGUUCAAAAUUUGCUAAAUGUUUUGAAAAGAAAUCUCCUCACCUUGAAAGACACCAAGAAACUCACACAGGGGAGAAAUCAUGGUCAUGUUCCGAAUGUGGGAAACGCUUUGGCAAGAAGUCAUAUCUUGUUUAUCAUCAGAGAAUUCACACAGGAGAGAAGCCAUUUUCAUGUCCUGAAUGCGGGAAGUGUUUUAGUCUGAAAUCAAUUCUUGUGCAACAUCAGAGAGUUCACACAGGGGAAAAGGCAUUUUCAUGUCCUGAAUGUGGGAAAUGUUUUAGAGAUAAAUCGACUCUUGUUAGACAUCAGAGAACUCACACAGAGGAGAGAUUGUUUUCAUGCCCUGAAUGUGGAAAAUGUUUCAAGCACAAAUCAACUCUUGUUAAACAUCUGAGAGCUCACACAGAGCAGAAGACAUAUUCAUGUUUGGAAUGUGGAAAAUGUUUUACUGUAAGAUCAGAUUUUUAUAUGCAUAAGAGAAUGCACAGAGGGGAAAAGCCAUUUUCAUGUUCAGAAUGUGGGAAAUGUUUUAAUCUGAAAUCACAUGGAUCCAGUAGUAUAAAUCCCCCGGAGAGAUGUCCCCGUCCUCUAUAUCCCCAGGACUGUAAAGAGGAAGAGGAGGAUAUCCCACUGGACCAUCAGGUCUAUAAUAUGGAAUCUUUGCAGGAAAGUUCUGGAGGAACAAUGAGUGGACUAGAAAACCCCAUAUCAGAGAAUGGUGAGAACUGGAUGAGAGGCUCCCAUGUACAUCACCAUUUAACUCAUUGCUAUGAAAUAGAAGCUGAUCAGUCAUAUAUUUGCAAAAGAAGAACUAGUCUUGGACUGGGUAAAAUUUCUGAAAAUUCUGAAUGUGGGAAACUUUUUGAAAAAAUAUCUCAUCUUUCCAUGCAGGAGAGAAUCUACAUAGGUAAAAGGCUAUUGUCCUGCUCAGAAUGUGGGAAAUAUUUUAGUAAGAAAUCAAAUCUCGUUAUACAUCAGAGAACUCACACAGGAGAGAAGCCAUUUGCAUGUCCAGAAUGUGUAAAGUGUUUCAGCCAGAAAGCAAAUCUUGAGCAACAUCUGAAAACUCACACAGGGAAGCAGGGACUCUGUAAAAUUUCUGCAAAUUCAGAAUGUAGGAAACUUAUGGAAAACACGUCUCAUCUUUCCAUGCAGGAGAAAACCUACAUAGAUAAAAGUCCAUUGUCAUGUUCAGAAUGUGGGAAAUAUUUUAGUAAGAAAUCAAAUCUUGUUACUCAUCAGAGAACUCACACAGGAGAGAAGCCAUUUGCAUGUCCGGAAUGUGUGAAGUGUUUUACACAGAAAACAAAUCUUGAGAAACAUCUAAAAACUCACACAGGGGAGCUGCCAUAUUCUUGCCCUGAAUGUGGGAAAUGUUUUAGUAAUAAAUCCCAUCUUGUUAGACAUCAAAUAAUUCACACAGGGGAAAAACCAUUUUCAUGUUCAGAAUGUGGAAAAUGUUUUAGUUUGAAAUCGGCUCUUGUUAGACAUAGGAGAACCCACACAGGGGAGAAGACUUUUAAGGCUUUUUCUUGCUUAGAAUGUGAUAAAGGUUUCACUCAUAGAUCGAGUCUUGUUACACAUUUGAAAACUCACACAGGAGAGAAGCCAUUUUCAUGCACAGAAUGUGGAAAAUCUUUUACCCAUAAUUCGAUUUUUGUUGAACACCUAAGAAUUCACUCAGAGGAGAAGCCAUUUUCAUGCUCAGAAUGUGGGAAAAGUUUUAACCAGAAAUCGAUUCUUGUCAGACAUGAGAGAACUCACACGGGGGAGAAAGCAUUUUCAUGUUUCACAUGUGGGCAGUGUUUUAGGCUGAGAAAAAAUCUUGUUUAUCACCUGAGAACUCACACAUGAGAGAAGCCAAAUUCACAUACAGUAUGUAGGAAAUGUUUUGACCCAAUUCCCAACACUUGACAAACAUGUCUGUCUGUCCAAAUAGACCAGUACAAGUAGGUGUAUUGGGGCAGAUGUAUGCGGUACUCUCUAGCAUUGGUUAUUUUGCCAUAUUAUCUGUCAAAAUAUCCUGGGUGACAGUAUAUACACCUAUCUAGAAUGAACAGGGGUAUCGUUUACCUAAUUUGAACAGGGGUAUUGUCUUGCAUUCGGCACCCACCUCUUUGAGCUGCACGCCGCGCUGC